AUGAAGAUCCCCUCUUUGCUGCUGAGAUUCCCUCAUUGUUACUUUUCUAGAAGAACUUGCUUCAUGAGCUUUCACUCCACUUCCAGAGCAAAUUUUCCAUGUGUUGGCUCUCUUACACAUGCAGGGCCCCUCUCUUACACAGUGCACCCCUAUCAUACAAAAUGUAUGUGUUCAUCAAAUGGUUUGAGGAGAGAGCUGUGCCAGCAAGCAGCCCCUGACCUGGAGAUGGAGGGACUUUCUGACAGAGAGCAAAGACUGGUAGACAGACUUUACAGUGGACUAAUCCAGGGUCAUAGAGCUUGUUUAGCAGAAGCCAUUACACUUGUAGAAUCAACUCAAAGUAGGAAGAAGAAAAUAGCCCAGGUGCUCCUGCAGAAGGUAUUAUCCUACCACAGGGAACAAGAAAAGUUUAAUCAAGGAAAACCACUUGCCUUUAGAGUUGGGCUGUCUGGUCCUCCCGGUGCUGGGAAAUCAACUUUCAUAGAAUGCUUUGGGAAAAUGCUUACAGAAAGAAAAUACAAAGUGUCUGUGUUGGCUGUAGACCCGUCGUCUAGUACAAGUGGUGGUUCUCUCUUGGGUGAUAAAACACGGAUGACUGAGCUGUCAAGAGACAUGAAUGCAUACAUCAGACCAUCUCCAACCAGAGGGACACUGGGAGGGGUAACAAGGACCACCAAUGAAGCCAUUCUGCUAUGUGAAGGAGGAGGCUACAAUGUUGUUCUGGUGGAAACAGUAGGUGUGGGACAGUCAGAAUUCGCUGUGGCUGAUAUGGUUGAUAUGUUUGUAUUGCUGCUACCACCUGCAGGUGGAGAUGAAUUGCAGGGUAUCAAACGGGGUAUCAUUGAGAUGGCAGAUCUAGUUGCUAUAAAUAAAGCUGAUGGUGACCUAGUCGUGCCUGCACGGAGGAUACAAGCUGAAUAUGUUAGUGCUAUGAAGCUGCUCCGCAAGCGGUCGAAGGUUUGGAGACCAAAGGUAAUGCGCAUCUCUGCCAAGACUGGAGAAGGGAUCUCAGAUAUGUGGGAUAAAAUGACAGAGUUCCGUGACCUCAUGCUCACAAGUGGCGAGCUGAUUGCCAAACGGCGGAAACAGCAGAAAGUGUGGAUGUGGAAUCUCAUCCAAGAAAAUAUGUUGGAACAUUUCCGGAGUCACUUGGCAGUCAAGGAUAAGAUUCCACUUCUAGAAGAGAAAGUUCUCAGUGGUGUCUUGUCUCCUGGGCUGGCAGCUGACCUGCUACUGAAAGCAUUCAAAGACGGUCUCUAA